AUUCACAACCAUUUUGUUAUUGUCAAAAUUAAUAAAAUUAAAGAAUGAUUUAAAUAUUGAAAUAAAGCUAUUUCUGCAGCAUCUAAUAUAAAAAAAAUUUCUAAAAACGAAUUAAUCAAGUGUUAGUGGAUAUAAAAGUGAAAAAUAUAAGUGUAUAAUUCAUUUUAACUCGCAAAAAUACGUACUUUAAAUAGUUCAAAUUUUCAACUUUAAACGUAAAUAUCUCGAAAACUAUAAGUUUCCCGCGGCUAUAUCUAUAUAUAUUCUUGAUCUGGAGGAUCUCCUCUAUCCGCCCAUACCCGUUUUAUCCCCGAAAGCGUGGGACGUUAUUCUAAAGCCGACCCAAUUUCAGUGGAUGGCCUCCGCCGUUAAUGUUCUGUAUUUGUGGUAGCAUGAUAUGUGAAAUUAAACGAUAUGUUAAAAACUUAAAAUAGAUCAGUAGGGAUCAUCAAGGAAGUAAUUCCCUAGGAGGUUUUGCUUGAAUUUACUCAAGUCGAGCAAAUUAUUUUAAAACAAUAAAAAGCAAAAUUAAUUAAAUAAUCAAAUUAGUUCCCUAUUAAAAAAAAAAUUGUUUUCUUAACGGUAUUGUCUUUAAUCUCUUAAUUAAUUUAUUUAUGAGUCAUGCUGAUCAUGAUUAUAUAUACAAUUUUUAUUUUUUCCAUAUUGGUUAUUGGACUUUAAACAAAUACAAAGUGACAAAAUUUUAAAUUAAGUCGACUAAUUGUUUCCGUUUCUGUUUUUAAUCGAUAGUAUACAAUUUUCACAUUAACCACUAUGAGUACACUACCUAUGGGUCUAUAUAAUAAAGAUCAACUCACCAUUCUCUUCAUUAUUAACAAAGUUACGAUGAUCAACGCCAUAAUUAGCAUCAUGCCUGUUACCUCGCCCGCCACGACCUUAUAUUAUUAACGUUAGGUAGUUAAAUAUUCUCUAUUUUUAUAUAUAAACAUUAAUUAUUUUACCUCGCACGCCGCCUCUACCACGUCUGCUCCCAAAAACUUUAUUCCCGUCGUCUGUGUUUUCGUGUUCCGUGUAAUCAGUUUCGCCGUUAUCUACAUACUCAUCACCAUUGUCUUUAUAUUGGGAGGAGCCAUUACCAAAACCGCGACCAUCGUCCUGCUUUCAAAAGAUACCAUUCAAUAUGUAUUUCAAACUCUAAAAUAUGAAUAGCUUACUUCAUCACCCCAAUCUGACAUUUUCUUCGAUUUAGCUGUAAAUAAAUUUAAAACUUGCUUAGAUUUCUGGAGUACAUCAUUUUUUAAAUUGCUAAUUUCUCGACGUUGCAUUUUGUCUUUGCGAUGCUAUUGUAAUAAGAAACCGCAUUUUGAAGCCGCCAAUUUGACGAGUUCUUUUUCUUUGUUAAUUUGUAAACAAAAGUCAAACGCUAACUAGUAUGACGAAAUGUCACGGUUGGAACAUAUGAGCAUACAGUAGUGGACACAAAUGCGGUACCAAUGUGGAUACAUAUAGUAAACAUUUAAAAGUGAUAAAUAUUAUUUCAAGUUAACAAUUAUGCCAUUUAAGUACAUGCGUGUAAUUAUAUACUUACAUACAUUUACGUGCAUGUGUUUAUAUGUACACCUACUACCCGUAUCGAACACAGAAUUUCUAACUAGUUUUGCAGCGACAAUUUUAUUGUUUAUCAAUAUCACCUUCAGUUCCGAAGCUUAUUACCUUUAUUUGUAACUUGGCAAAGAAACUUACUGCAAAUUCAAUUUCGCUAAUUAGAAACCAAUGUUAAUUUUUCAGACUUAUAUACUAAUAGUAAAAGAAAACUUUACACAACUUGUUCUAUAAAACUAGUUGAUAUAUACAUACAUAUAUCACUACCAAAACGAUUUUAAUAUACAAGGAAAUACUAUAUUCUAUUUUUACUUUUUUUUUAACUUACAAUUUAAUGACCCACUUUUAAACUUAAUUUAAGCGUAAAAAACUUCUGGCGUUCUAAAAAUAUGACGCUGCAAAUCAAACGGUACAUCGAAUGUUCGAAUAGCGGUACAUGAUAAAAGUCGGCGCCAUCUGUGUUUCAUAUUUUUAUGUUAGAAUUUACCUUCCGCUAUUUAACCUGACCAUUUAACAGACUUUGCACUUGUCAAAUAUUUCAGCACUCUUCUUCUUCUUAUAUGUAUACCAUGCUUUUUCAAUGCUGGGCAUGUGUUCUUAGUCUUGAAUAUCGUGCAGCAGAAAGCAGAAAUUAAGGUUAGUUCAAAUUUGUAAGAAAUUGGCAAAGAAAAAGCAAGAGGCAAGUAUACAAAUAAUUCACAAAAACGCCAAUUAUGGAUGGCUCUGGAAAUAAUCGUUAUGAACUUUUGUUCAUGGACGAUGAUGUUAGUGAUCCAUUAGAUAAUGUUGCGAGCAAGUCGAAAAAGCAGGUUAAAACUGCUGGUGCCAGUGGGGGUAGUGCACCCUCUACAAAGUUAUCGAAUAAACAAAAUGUCGACGGUCCUACAAGGGCACUAUCGAAUAAGAAACCCAACCAAGCUGAAAAAGAGAAUAAGCCAUCAGCCUUGAACAAAAAUGAACCGAAUAAGAAGUCACCGGCAGGUAAUACUGUGGAUAGAACUAGCAAACAAGGUGGGUCAACUACUAACACCAAUCGCAAACGAACUGGUCCCGCUAGUGAAGUCGUUCAAGGUGGGCAACAGCAACAGGGCACGAGAAACUUAAAUUUUAGACAGCAAAACGAUGAAACUCGUGAACAACGUAAUAAUCGUCGUAAUGCUCGAGAAAAUGGAUACACUGGGAAUUUUGGAAAUCAAAUUGAUGGCUCAGCACAGCAGCAACCACGACAAUUUCGGGACCGCGAUAAUCGCGGACCACCACGUAACCGCAAUUUCGAAGGCGGCAAUCGUGGAGGAAAACGUGAAUUCGACCGCCAAUCGGGAUCUGAUAAAACUGGUGUAAAAGCAGUUGACAAACGUGAUGGUGCUGGCGCACAUAAUUGGGGAUCUGUCAAAGAAGCUAUCGAUGACGUCAAUAAGAGCGAUGUAGAGGGUGGCAAUGUUACCGAUAAGGCUGAAGAGUCUGGUAACGAACAGCCUGACCAAACGCCGGUCGAAGAAGAAACCAAAGAAUUAACGCUGGAUGAAUGGAAGGCGCAAAAACAACAACGAGUCAAACCAACUUUCAAUAUUCGUAAAGCUGGAGAAGGUGAAGAUACAACUCAAUGGAAGAAAAUGGUAGUUCUAAACAAUAAUAAGAAAAAGGAAAAUGAAAGUGAAGAGGAACUUGAAUACGAUCCUGCCAUGUACCCUCAGCGAGUUGGACGUCAACAACGUGUACUUGACAUACAAUUCAAUUUCAAUGACGGUCGCCGAGGUGCUGGUUUUGGUGGACGAGGACGUGGACGUGGAUCUCGUCCAGGAGGUGGCGCCCCUAAUCCCAAUGCCAACACCAACACCAAUUUCAAUGCUACCGAACGACCACCAAUAGGUGGUGGACGCGGCGUUAAUGCAGGCAGAGGCGGAAAGCGUAACUUUGGUGGUUUUAGACAACAAAAUGUUGCACCAAAAGUCAACGACGAACGUCAAUUCCCAACAUUGGCUUAAAAGCUCUGGAUAUUUGUGGCGCGGACGCAAUAUCAAAAAACAAAACAAAAAAAGAACAACUAAUGAAACAAUGAAAUUAAAGAAGCAAAUAAUAAAUGAGGAAUCAAGAAAUAAAAUAAGUUUGAAGCUUCAUCAAAUUUAAUAUCAUAUAGUGAAGAAAAGAAACAGAAACUGCUGACAAAUAUUAAAAUCCUGUUUAAUGAACUAUCACAAGCUAUAUAUUACACUUCUGUUUUCAGUACCAUUUUAUUGAAUUGAUGCAUUCAAAUAUAUACAUAUAUAUAUAUUGUCCUAUAAUACUAAGGAAAAGACCAAAACAAGAAUAAAUAAACCGCCCAAUAACAACAGCGCCAGAGCGUAUGAACAAGCAAAAAGAGAAGCAAUUUUUCAGGUCAAAACGUUUUAACCAAUAAUAACUUCAAGAGCCACACUAGCAUAGCCAAUGCAAUAGCACUUGUCGUAUAUAUAAAGUCCUAGUAGUCCCACUGCUAGCUAAGUAAUGUGUAUAUUUUUGUUGUUUGAUUAAAUUAAUUUUUUUUUUACAAAAUGAUAGCGAAAGUGGAAGGAAUAUUCACUUUCCAUUAUUUUUAAAACUAUUUCCAGUUUUGCAAAAUUAUAGCAGUUAAAAUUUAAAUGAUAUGAAAUAACAAAAACAACCCCCGAACUACGUUAAGAAGUUCGUAUAAACAAAAUUAUUUGAUAUGAUCACAUGAAUAAAAUCCAUGAAGUGAAGCAAAUAAACUAUCAUCUCAUUAUCACCCUCAUGCAAAGCAAAUAUCAUUUUAUUGUAACUUUCUUAAUUGUAUUAACACUAAUAAUUUAAAGGAAAAUAAAAGUUCACACUACUAUUAAAAAAUAACAAGCAAACUUAAUAAACUACAAGGUUAUAGGUAUGUCAUGUUAAUUAGUAAUUAUUUCUUUCAAGUAAAAAGUUACAAAAUAUUAAGAAAAAUACAUUUUCAAUGUAGUUGAUGCAUAACACACAAAAACAGAUUUUAAUUGCAUUCUGUAACUUAAAAAAAAUCACACCAGUGAAAAUUGCUUACAAUUAGAAAUUGUAUGAAAAUACAUACAUACAUAAGGUAUAAAAAUUUUUGAAAUGUAUUUUGACCCAAAGAAGUUCGAAAACUCGUUUAAAUAAAAACUUAUUUGAUAAAAUUAA